ACACCACUUACAUGGCCUGCGUGCUUAUGGAUGCUUUCGCGGCUGUCCGAGGGUUGCACCAGCUUGGGUGUGAGGGAGAGUUUGCUUUCAAGUAACCUGGGAUUACUGGCACGCCUGUGGGCAGCACUCAUACUGGAACGAGAUGAACUCGCACCGGAGGAACGCCGUAACGAUUGUACCUCAGGCACGCCUUGUGCAGCUAAACGCCAACUGAAAUAG